GGCGGGAACAUGUGAAGGGUGUCACUUCUGGACGUUCCGUUUAUUUGAACGUUGAUUUGAGUUUUGGGUUCCGAUUAUUCUUGUUUUGUUGUGUCGUAGAUCAUAAAGCAUUAGUUAUAAACUCGCUUACUAGAGUUGCUGAUCGACCACAUACCAAUAAAAGUGAAUUCGACACCCUUCAGUGCAAUCAUAAUGGAUCAACCUUUAUUUUCUUGCACAAAAUGUCUGCAAAAUUUCCCACAGUCUGAGAUGUCCAGGUCUGGACAAGCAUGCAAAAAGUGCAGUCCUCACCACUCUACAUUCAAACAAUGCGAAUAUUGCAAAUCUGACUUUAAAUACAAUGUUUGCGGCGGUAUCUGCCCACACUGUCAAUCUCUUAAAAGCAAGUACGGCGAGCCUCAGUCUUGUUCCAUAUGCAAUUUAAAAACUGCUUUUGGCAGUGCCUUGGUUUGCCAGAGGUGCUUACACUACAGAAACAGAUUUGGUGAGCCACGCCAGUGUCAUUCUUGUGGGAAUACGUGUGCUUUUUUAAAAGAUGAGGCCAGCCGAGAGAAAGUUGAUGGACAGAUUCUUUGUUGGGUGUGUACAUACAAUUUUAAAUUAGCUCGAUCUAAAGAACGCUCUAUUCAUGGAUUCAACAAACGUCGACAUGAUGGUUCGAGAUCAAGUCAUAACUCUCUUAAAAAGACUUAUACCGAUGGGUUUGGAACAAGGCAAAUUGACACGCAGAUGCAUGUACAACAGGCUUUAACUACUCAAGCACUAAGCUUAGAUUCUGUGUACAAUGAACACUUACUUACUAUAAGCCAGUUACAAGAUGAGAUCAAAUCACUCAAGCGUCAAUUAACACUUAAAGACUCUGACUUGUUAACCAAAGAUCGUACAAUAGCAGAGUUACGCUCUGAAAUGAUUGAAAUAAAAUCAAUGAAUGAAGAUCGUGUCCGAAAAAUAAAAUCAGCUGCACAGCUUGAACAAGAUCGGAUGCUAGCUACAAUACGUCAGUUACAAAAAGAGAAGGCAAUUAUUAGUCAUAAUAUUAAACGUCGUAAAAUUAAUAACAAUCUCUCAAAAAUUACAAACCGAAAUUCUUUGUCUUCGACAACUUUAUUCAAUCCAGACUCACCGCUUAGUUUCGGCUUUGCGAAACGAGUUUCCAAGCCUCUAGUACUUGAAAGCCAAGAUAAAGAACGUGGAGGCGAGGAAACAUUGUCUUACUCAGAUCGAGUAUCGAAAAAUACACUGGACUCAACAAGUCGUUCAGUGAAAAGACAACUUACACCUGACUGUAUUGGUGUACAAAUUUACGAUGAAGACUCUAACUUAGCACCUCAACGUACAGUUACUUCUGGCAUAAGACAAAACGCAGGUUCACCAGGUAUUACUUCAAGUAUAUCAUCCAAACCUCCUACAGAUGAUGAAGAAGCAUCUCAACCGUGUCAAUAUGAUCCUCAUGAAAUAUCUGGAAAAAACCCUCUUGGGUUGGAUACGCCAUCGGAGUCUGAAAAUGAAACUCCCGACUGAAACUUUUCGUGGAAUAUCAAUAUUUUGACUCUUCACUUCUGUUUCACAUAAAAAAAUGUAGACAAUCACUGUUUUUUGUAACACACUACAUCUGCAUUUUAGUAAGACGUUUAAUUUUCAAGUGGUCUGUUUUUAUAACGUCUUUGUCACAUUCAUUUUUGCCUGUGUAUGGUGGCUUGAUUCAAUCGUCCACACACUUUCUAUACGGGAGGUAUGACAAUUUUGUUUGUUCUAUUAGUUAGUUUGGGAGGAAGUUAAAUCUAACAUCCCCUUAAAAAAAAGUGUCAUAUACUUGUAUAUUCAAUUAAAUGUAUAAUGUCUUUUCUGUGUUCUACAAACCAUCUAGAAUAAUUAAUUGUUUGUAUAUUAUCUAGAAACAAAUCAACUCAUAAUAAAUUUAUCAUUUGCAGAUUUAAAGCAAUUAGUCCUUUCGAUAGUUUUGAUAAUAUUCGUGUUCCUGUUACACCACCCAUUGUGCGGAUUUGUUUUUUUACUUUUCAUUGACCUGUCAUGACACUAGUAAUGCACUAAUCAAUAUACAUUGAAAUUGGCUCGAUUUAUCAACUAACAAAAAAGAGGAACAAAUCCAAGGUCAGAGGUGAAAACACUUAAAACGAAUACGCAAACAACGGUCACAUCUAUGGACAACAAUCAACCGAAUUGUAGGUUAACAGAGCAAAUAACUAGUCAGUCACGGAGAAACCCUAAUCACUCAGGACUUAUUGAAAUAUCUGCUGAUGAUGUUAUCAACAAGACAAUGGAAGCUUCGUGAUUAAACAACCU